CGGCACAAUCGACCAGCGUAGCUUUAAUGAUCGCCAUCGAUGUCCUGGACCCCCCUGCUGUAGAUCACCUGGUUCCUGGUUGGUUCCCCCUCCUUCUUCAGGUUCCCUCUCGGGGUAACUCACUUUAGCGUUUUCCGAAUGUCGUGGAAACACGAAUUCUUGUCUUGGUUGUUCUGCUGGUCCCCCUUUGGGGUCUGUCGUUACACUUUCUGUUUCCUCUGGUACUAUGUGGUUCCUGUGGUUCCUCCUCAGGGUUUCGUCGUGGAUAAUCCGACCACGCCGGUCCAGGUGACCCAGAAACGAGCCCCGCCCUGCCUGAGUGAGUCCUGCAGACUGGGCUGUGUGUGUUCCAGUCUGGCCCACGGUUCCAGGAUCAGUCACUGCGGACGGUCCGCCUGCAUGCUGGGCUGCAGCUGCCUCAAACAGAAGGUGGUCCUCCUCAAGAACCUGGAACCGGACUCCAGCCCCUCCCACCAAGGACACAGGAAGAGGAGGAGGAAGAGGAGGAUGAAGAUGGCCUACGGUAGGUUCAACAAAAAACAAGUGUUUGUCCACAGCCAAUCAGAGAGCUCGUAGGCAGUGAUGUCACAUCGGAGCGUGACGACCAAAAAGUCGGAAACAAUUCAGAGACGAUUAACGGAAAAAAGAUCAACGAAGAACGAGAUUAAGAGAUUAACAGAUUAACAGAUUAACGUGAACGAGAGAUUCUACAUCACCUGUAAUCUGACAGUGGUCACAUGAUGAAUCUGACGGUGGUCACAUGAUGAAUCUGACGGUGGUCACAUGAUGAAUCUGACGGUGGUCACAUGAUGAAUCUGACGGUGGUCACAUGACCCUUGAACACCUGUUGCAGUUCUGAAGGAGGUGGACCGGGUGUCCCAGCCCACUGAGAGGGUCCAGACUCUGUGGAGGAGAAGUUCCUGGGACUCUGAUCCAGAUCCAGUCCACACCCCUAAACCGGGUCUUCUGUCUCACCCCCGUGUAAGCCCCUCCUCCACUCAUGAUGUUGUCAUGACAACAGUUUGGACUUCCUGUUCUUUCAGUGUCUCUUUUGUCCGCAGGAGAGGAGUGAGGGCGACGACAGCUGCGCCCGGGUCAGAGGUUACCACAGGAAGGGGAGGAGCCACAAGAGGAAGGUGAGCCUCCUGAUUGGCCAAAGUCAGUACAGAUGUUUGUCUUACAGUAGGGUCAGGUGGUGGGGUCAGGUGAGGUCAGGUGGGGUCAGGUGGGGUCAGGUGAGGUCAGGUGAGGUCAGGUGUUUUACUCUCAAUCUAGAGACGACAGAUAAUUCUGACAGAUGAUUGAAAAACCAGCGAGAGGAAGAACCUGAGCAGGUAAACACACACACACACACUCACACACACACUCACACUCUCACACACACACACACACUCACACACACACACACACACACUCACACACACACUCACACACACACCUGAGCAGGUGAGAAGCUCGUUUCUUCACUAACAGGAAGUUUUUUUCUCUUUUAGGAAAAAAUGCCUGAAGACAAAAACUCUGAAGAAACUCGUAAAAAACGUCGGAAACUCAAGAAUCCUCAGAGCUCCGCCCCUCCGACAGGUAAACUCAGGACUGUGUGAUUUCUCUUCAAAAUAAGAGCGUAUAAAAAUAAACCAAAACAAAAAUAAGACAUAAUAUUAUUAUAAUAACAAUAAUAAUAUCUGAUAAUGAUCUUUAUAUUAAUUUAAGUUCAUUAAUUUAAUUAUUAAAAAUAUUAUCGCUAAUGUUAGUAUAAUUAGUAACAUUGUAAACUUUGUCGUUGUUGAUAAAUGUUGUGACUGUUCAGACCAGAGACUGUAUCUAGAACAGACGCCGUCUGUCUCCUCUCUGUGAGAACAGCGCCCUCUGGUGACGGGCUGCAGUAUAGGUCCUAAACCCCGCCUCCUUAUGGAGCUGUGGACAAACUUUAUAAAUGAAUGACACAGAAUAUAAAUGUUUCUCCCCCCUGGUUGUGAUGUUGACAUGUAGUUACUGUCAGACUGGUUUGUGCUCAAGUCCUCUUUUUUCUGUACAGCUCCAUUUUUAAAAGUUAUUAGGGGGUUCAUGUUUUCGAUGAUUGACACCUGAUACAGCCAAUGGGAGGACAGAGAUUGAGUAGAUCACCGGGGGAUACGCUGUUUGAGCCGAGCGUCAUCACAGAGACUCUCCUGCUGAAUGUGUAAAACGUUACUGAACAAAGUUGGUUUGAGGAAGUGGAGAAAAAACCCGGAGAUACCGAUAAAAUGUCAGAUAAUGACAGGAGGCGGAGCCAAGUUAUCCGUAGUUUCUACAGUCUGAGGUCCGAGCUCAUGUCUGUACUUCCUGUUCUCUCCAGCUGGUCCAGAUCAGUCAGUUCCCUCGGUCCAGUCUGCGGGUUCUGAGCCGACCCCGAAACCGUCUAAGCGUCUGAUCAUCCUGGCGGAGGGGAAGUGGGGCGGCGCCGCCGACAGGGGUCAGGUGUUGACGCACCUGUGUGAGCGGAUGGCCCGGGACCAGCUGGACGAGCCGUUCUGGGUUCUGGGGUAUCACAUCGUCCCCAUCAGUCAGACCUCUGAGGGAACCGGACCGGACCAGUGCAUCCAGUACCGAGUCCAUAUCUCCAGACCAGAACCCGGGUCCGUGAAACCAGUGAAACCACCACAGGAGACCAACGCUGACCCUCAGGUAACGACUCAUUUCAAUGUUCACACAGAAGAUCCUUCUGAGCAUGUGCAGUAACCUUCAUUAGUUUACUGAUCACGGUUGACCUUUCAGCAGGACCCGCCCACACAGGUGUUUAAGGAGGCGGAGCCUCCGGAAGAGUGGCAGCAAGAGGUGGAAGAGGAAGAGGCGGAGUCUCCUGAAGAGUGGCAGAGAGAGGUGGAGGAAGGUGAGAGUGAGGAGGAGGGGUCAACGUGUGACCAGGUGCAUGAUGGGAACAGCAGAGGAAGAAGUCCAAAAAGACCAAAGAAGAAGAAGACGACGAUGACGAUGGUCAGUUUGGGUCUGCCGUUCCUGACCGGAGUCUCGCCCGCCGGCUUCCUGUCCACCAACAGGAAACAGCCGGGGGGAACUGACCACCUGGUUCAGGUGAGUCCAGACAGGUGUGAGUCAGUGAGGUCAGGGGUCAACCUGUCUGAGGUCAUCAUGUCAGCUGAACAGACGUGCACAGACGUGCACAGGUCCACAGCUUUUCAGCAGGUUACACUGACAGACUACAGGGGGCGCUCACAGGGUCACUGCCUGUCCUCCUUCAUUAACUCCUCCCAAACAGGAAGUACUGUGGUCCUUUCAAAUUAAAGGCGUGUGAAUAAUUCAAACAGAAAACAGGAAGUGAGAAAAAAUCUCUGAAACUAUUUAAACAGAAUAAAUGUGUGUGUGUGUGUGUGUGUGUGUGUGUGUGUUCACCUGUGUGUGUGUGUGUGUGUGUGUGUGUGUGUGUGUGUGUGUGUGUGUGUGUGUGUGUUCACCUGUGUGUGUAUUCACCUGUGUGUGUGUGUGUGUGUGUGUGUGUGUGUGUGUGUGUGUGUGUUCACCUGUGUGUGUGUGUGUGUGUGUGUGUGUUCACCUGUGUGUGUGUGUGUGUGUGUGUGUGUUCACCUGUGUGUGUGUGUGUGUGUGUGUGUGUGUGUGUGUGUGUUCACCUGUGUGUCUCUCAGGUGAACGGGAAGCUGUAUCCCCUCGCCAAAAUCCAGUUGGGUCAGAUGGGGGCGCUUCAUCCCGCCAACAGGUUGGCGGCGUACCUUACAGGUCGAGUCGGGUCAAGUAAGAAGCAACCAGGGUCCUCCAAGCCCGUUCAGAACCAGAACCUCAGACAGAACCCCCAGACCACCUCUGUGGGGUCAGCCCCCCCACCACCAAAACCUCAGCAGUCAGUCACAGUGUUUACCGUCCAGGCCCCGCCCACAGGUGAGCUUACCUGUAUAACUCCUGAAUCAGCCAAUCACAGAGCAGAACAGUAAGUGUCACCUGACCAGGACAGGUGUGUCUCAGUUAGCUUACCCGCUGCUGUGUCGCUAAGUUAGCAUUAGCAUGCUAUAUAAGCUAGCUGAAUCAAUGACGUGAAUCUGUCGUCUGUCGUAGAGAUCCCUCCCCCCAUCAUCCUCCACCAAUCAGCUGCCCCGAUUCCCCAACCUGAUCCUGAGGGGGCGGGGCAAAAGAUGAUCACAGUGAAGCUGGUCCCUGGUCAGACAGGAGGCACCAAUCAGGCGACAGCGGUACCUGAAGCACCUGGUAACUCCGCCCCUUCAACAGGUAAGACAACAGAUAUUCAUGACAUCACAAAUUGAGCCCUAAUGUUAGUUUAGGCUCCGCCCACAAUCAAUAAGUAAAUCAGAUCCGAUCAGUCGAUUGCUCCGUUGACCAGGUGACCAAUCAGCUGAUCAAUAAAAAAGUAUUUUAUUUAAUUAAUUAUCUUCAGACUCCGCCCACCACUGUGUCUGACCCCUCCUCUACCCAACCCCCCCUUUUUUAUCUCGUGUCUGAUGUCAUCGGUCACAUGGUCGGUCACAUGGUCACAUCCUCUCAUUAGGACUUUGGUCUUCACUCAGAACCAGGUCCUGCAGGUCUCUGGUUUUGAUCCGGACUCUUUGGUUUGUUUCAGAUCCUCAGCAGACCGGGUCUCUGGGUCAGAACCAGGCUCUGGGUCAGAACAAGGCUCUGGGUCAGAAUCAGGCUCUGGGUCAGAACAAGGCUCUGGCUGUCCCUCAGCUGAUGUUGGUCCAGACUCAGGGGGGUCCGAGCCCCCUUCCUGUGGGUGGGAGGAUGGUCCUGAAGUCGGUCCAGACCACAUCGGGGGCCCAGUUCUAUCGCACGCCGGAUGGAAAACUGAUCCAACUGGUUCCCAUAAACCAGCUGAGACCGGUCCCCCAGAAACAGAACCAGUCUGUCGGCCUGACCCUGCAGAAAGGUGAGUCCAGAACCUGAGUCCAGAACCUGAGUCCAGAACCUGAGUCCAGAACUGUUUUUGUUUUUUUGGUGGUUCUGAUUUGAUCAUGUGACUAACCCCCCCCCAGUCCGAC